AUGACAUGCUCCACGCUUCGGGGCGCCAUCACGUUGGUGAUGGUGCUCGUGGCACUGAUAGCGCCGCUUGCAUCAGGGCUUCCGAGCCUCCGUAUCAUGCCUCUCGGAGACUCAAUCACCAAAGGCAACGGCUCUAAAGACCAAACGGGCUACCGAAAGCGUCUUCGUGAGAUGCUUAUCGGCCGAGGUACUUCGGUCGAUAUGGUUGGCAGCCUGAAGCACCCCCCCACUGGCAUGGCGGACAACGACCACGAAGGCCACAGUGGGAAAGUCCUCGCAGAUAUCAACACGUAUUGGAAACUUUCAAUUGCUGCUCGCCCCAACGUGGUUCUCUUGCAUGCUGGCACGAACAACAUGGACCUGGAAGAGGAUCUCCAAGGCUCUCCUGAUAUGCUCGCGACCAUCAUCGAUGGCCUCUUUGCGAACGCCCCAGACGUCACUGUUCUUGUUGCUCCAGUCAUCUGGGCCAACAAGCCUAGAAUGCAACAAAACACUGAUCGCUUCAACCCGGAGGUCAUUUCUAUUAUUGAGAAGAGACAAAAGGAUGGCAAGCACAUCCUUGAGGUCCCAAUCGACAUCACGGUGGCUGAUCUUUGGGACGAGAAACACCCAAAUGACAGCGGCUACAAGAAGAUGGCCGACGCUUGGCUAAAGGCAAUCUUGGAAGCCGACGAACGAGGCUGGUUAAAGAACCCUGUCCAGAGGGAUGCCGCCGGCCUACCAGGUGUCGGCCUCGGCGUCGGAGGAGGGAGUGGUGGGGCUCAAGAGGAGAUUGAGGGCAGAAUCUGGAAGAAGCAGGGAACUGUCUUCGAAGGCUUCCGCACCUGGGAACCAGUUGGCACCAUUCGUGGGGCUGUCGAGGACGGCAGCCGCGAUAAGGUGAUUCUGGCCGACCUCAACGGCGAUGGCAUCGCUGACUACGUCGUCGCCGACAGCGAUGGCACAAUGCGAGCCUGGAUCAACGGCGGCAAGCCCAACGACUGGGCGAGUAUCGGCAAGAUUAACCCAGACUGGAAGUCCAUCAAGGGCAACAUGAUCCGCCUUGCAGAUGUCGACAACGACGGCAAGGCUGACCUCAUUGCCAUAUAUGAGGGUGGCGCGGCCAAGGUCUGGAAGAACGUCGACAACGGAAAGAAGUUUGAAUCCCUUGAUUCCAAGUGGGCAACUGGCCUCGAAUCGAGGGACAAGGUCUACUUCGAAGACAUUGAUGGUGAUGGGUACGCUGACUAUGUUAUCGUCUAUGGUGGCGGCGCUGUCAAGUGGGCACGCAACACACACAACAACGGAAAGGACAGCAAUAAGAAGAACUGGGAGACCGAGGUCACCAUUGCUCCUGGUCCUGCCGGUAUACCUGCCAACUCGGCAAGGGUACGAGACAUUGAUGGUGACGGAAAGGCUGGCAAGUCCUUCACGGUUCUUUUACCUUGGCUUGAAACUAACCUUGCUGCAGACUAUCUAGUCGUCUAUGAUGGUGGUGCCGUCAAGGCGUUCCGUAACACCCUGAAUGAGGGUGGCCGCAAUUGGGACGACUUGGGUACUAUUGCACCCGGCAUAUCGGGUGUCACGGGCGAUAUGAUACGGUUCGCAGACAUGGAUGGCGACGGCCUGGCUGAUUUCCUUGCUAUUGCCGACGACGGAAGCAUCCGCAUGUGGAAGAACCUUGGCAUCACUGGCACUAAGGGCUCGAGCCUUCGCUUAGCCGACCUGACGGGUAAUGGCCUGGACGACUUGAUCUCGGUCGAUGCCAAAGGCCGGGCUCGUGCUUGGCUCAACAAGGGUGUCGACCAGUGGGAGUCGAUCGGCGAGAUCGCGCCCGGCCUUGAUGAAGAUCUCUCGGACUCACGCAUCGAGUUUGCCGAUGUCAACGGCGAUAAGCGCGCUGACUACCUGGUCAUCUACGGUGGCGGGGCUGUCAAGGCGUAUAUCAAUAACGGAAACCUCCCCAACCCAGGAGAUCGGCGGAUCUGGCAGGACGGCGUCGUCAUCGCACCGGGCGUUGGAGAGCCUGGCAGCAAGGUCAGGUUCGCAGAUCUCGACGGGGACGGCUAUGAUGACUUCCUCAUCCUGUACGACGGAGGAGCAGUCAAAUACUGGCAGAAUAACAAGAACAUCCCCCCUAGGGAUGGUGGUCGCAUCUGGAAGGAGGGCAUCGUCGUGGCCACCGGCGUCGGCGAGCCAGGCAGCAAGAUCAGGUUCGCCGACCUCACGGGAGACGGCAAGGCGGACUAUAUCGUCCAGUACGAGGGAGGCGCCGCGAAAGGCUACCGCAACAAUGGCAAGAUCCCUAUCGGCGAGGGCCGCAAGUGGAAUGAUAUGGGCACCAUUGCUGGUGGCGUCAGCCCCCAGGGCCCUGUUCAAUAUGCAGAUAUCAACGGCGAUGGAAAGGCCGAUUACCUUGUUGUCUUUCACGGGGGCGCCAUCAACGCAUACAUCAAUGACCAUGACUGGAAGCCCAAACUACCAGAGAAACCCGACCAGCCUAUCCCUGGCGAGCCGGGCGAUGGUGAUGGUGACGGCAAUGAUGGUAGCGGCAACGAAGGCGGCAACGAAGGUGGCGACGGAGACGGCGACAUUGUAUACAUUGACCCCAAAAUCUGGAGCUCCGAGAAACCGACAGCAGGGUGCCAGCCGCCCUGUACUCUCGUCCUACCACCAUGGCCGCUCUCCUCCAAGACUACAAUCAGCUUUCCCGUCAUCACCGAGACCAUCCAGGAGACAUGGCCUGAAACUACUGACGGCGUGACUAAAUAUCGCACAACAACAAUCACCGUUCGCAUAACGCUCCCGCCUCUUAUAACAUCUGAGAUUGAGGUAUCCAACAUUGUUCUGACAGCAUCUACCUCCAAGUCUGUCCCUGUACGAGGCAGUGUCAUUCCGUCGCCCGUCACAUUGACUGAACCCACUCACGACAUCACUUACACGUACAAGCCGGGACCGUUUCCGACUGGCACCAACGAUGAUAACAAUGAUGAUGACGAUAUUGAUAUCGGGCCUCCACCAGGUAUUGCUCCGGGCAUUAUCAUCACUCCUGGGCCACCUGGGCCUGUCUGCAAAUCUGGCUGCGGCAAUCUCUGUCUCUUUGGUUGUAGUCCAGGUGGAGGCGGCGGCGGUGGAGGCGGAGGCUCCAUCGGUUGCAUUGGAGGCGGGUGUCCUGGACCAGGGGGAAACUGUGUUGGUGCAGGAUGCGAAGAGAGAAAUGAGGAAGAAGGAGAAGAUGACGAUGAUGACGAUGAUGACGAUGACGAUGACGAUGACGAAGAAGAAGACUGUGCGACGGAGACCAACACCGAGUGCCAUCAAGUCUGUACGACGAAGCCGUGCGCCACUGUCUGCAACACAUAUAUUGGCUGUGACUGCACCACCUCUUCAGUAACAGACUACUGGGUAUCGUGUAAAUCCUCCUCAUGUACCACCACCUCGACCGAGAUCAUCACUGGCUGCUUCCUGACUGCAACGGCUACAACAACGGGCUCAUCCUGUCCACUCAUCACGGUCGACCCCCGGAAGGACGACCUCGGCGAUGACGAUAGCGGGCAUGGCAAGUUAGGCAAGGCCUACGAGACCACCUUCUCUCCAACCGUCAUUGUCAGUUCAACACCAUACCCCGUCAAUGACGGCUAUGUGACGGUUGAUAAGACGGCCUACCCCAUUCCCAACGUGAAGUCGGCGACCAAGACCAAGAUGCGAGGAACCUCGGCUAUCAUUCUUCCUUCUCAUAUCGGCACUACCAUCUCUAUCACUUUGACAGAUAUCAAAAUCAUUACCACCUCGUACCCAAAGGCCACGACAACGGUCGGCAAGUCAACCACCACCACCAAGACAACAGCGACUGCCAUAUCAUACCCUACAAACACGGCCAUCAACGAGGGUGAAGGCUACUGCUUCGCCGAUCGCUCCGGCUAUGUCGAGUUCACCAUUGAAGAGGCGCAGCAGGUCAUCGAGUCGUUCUGCUCGUCCAACUACGUGCUCGACCCCAACAACGCGGUGGGCCAGAACAUCGCGCUCGAGGAGGACGGCUACAUGGUCAUAGUGUCGGCGGAAUGGGCGCCCGAUCAGAGCGGGUGUGGAACCAAGGAGCCUUUCCCCUUCGCCGAAGAUGACUUCAACUUCGACCUCUGCCUGGCUGGCUGGGAUACUGCCUUCUUCUGCGAGGACCAGGAGGCGGACGUGGAGUCUAGCUACGGAGGGGCAUACGUUCUUGAUCCUCCCGAGACGGGCGGCUGCAUUCUUCUGAGCCUAGGUGCGUAUGAUACUUCUACCAUGAGACUCAUGGCUCGCCCGAAGGGUGCGCAACCGCUGGUGCCGCCUGCGAUGAAUACGACACAUAUGGGUGACGAGCCCAAGUGGGUUCCAAGCAACAAGCCUGGUGUUCCCAAAGUAUGGCCUGCUUCCGAGGGUUCGUUGUCCAGACAACGCAAGUUGUUUAACCCAGCAAAAGGCAGCCAGACAGCAAGCCUCCUUUCAGAUUAA